GGAGAAAGAAAGGAAAAGAAAAAUCUCAUUGAACCGUUUUGGAAUUUGCAAAUUGAGAAGAAGGAGUAGAAGAAGGUUAAAGAUGACCGUUCGAUGAUCUCUGAUCUACAGUUUCACUCACAAAAACUCCAUUUUUGGAUCCCACUUCCAAUCUCCAUCUCUCUCUACGCCCAUUUUCUUUCUUGGUUUCCGAGCCUUAUUCUCUUAACUUUAAAGCUUUUCUCUUCCCCUACCGUCGCCGUUUUCCUCUUCAACUUCCGUUCAAUCCCAUUACUCAGCCGCCAGGGUUUUGAUUUACGCCCAGUUGAUUUAACGAAGAUGGAUUUUGCUCGAUGUACUGAUGAAUCUAAAGAAUCAGAAAAUUUGUCUACUAAAUGUUGUAGUAAAGUGGAAACUCAGCUGGAGAUUGUUGAACUAAGAGUUCCUAUUGAGCCUUCAACGCCUGAUGCUGAUAGAGAAAGUGGUGAUUUUCCUUCUGAUUCUAAAUCCCCAAUCACUCAGGUUGUGACUAGCAAACCUCUUUUAUUAACUUGUUUAGAUUCUUUAGGUGAAAGAAUUGAAGCCCCUUUAGAGAGUUCUGACUCUUUUGAUCCUCUUUGUAGCCCUCGUACUCCUAAGGAUGGUGUUUUUGACCCCUUUUCCCCUGCCCCUGCUCAUUUGGCUUUAGCUCCUAUCUCUAGAAAGUAUUUUAGUGGCUCUGUUGGCUUUGUUCCUCGCCGUCUUCAAUUUGGUUCUUCUUCUUCUUCAUUGCAAUUAGUGGAAGCUGAAGAAGAACAAUCCAUUUCUGAUAGUGAGCUGUUGGAGGCAGUUUAUGAGAACCUCUUGGAAGUUAUUGUUUCCCAUCAAGCUGAAUCUUCUCUUGCUCAGCCCUCAAGCUCUCAAAGUGAUUCUCCUGAUUGUAAUACACCUCCUACGUCUUUUUUGAGUGGGGUUGCUCAAACUUGUCCUGCUGCGCCCGUUAAGCCCUCGAGAAAGUUGCGCAAUCUCGACAUGGGUUUGUGCAGAAAGCUUGAGUUCUGAAUAUUGGUGCACUUCUAAUUAGCUUCAGAUUAUUGCAUAGAAGAAUGUAGGUAAAGUUAACUCUCGAGAAUGAAUUACUUACUUGCUAAUUUGAACAUCUGACGUUUCUGUACUGAUUGUAUGACUAGCAAAAUCUCCAGUGAAGCAGGCUGAUUAUUGUAAAUUUUGGAAGUCUUCUUUUGAUGAACAAGCUGGUUGGGUUGGAUCAUGGAUGUUUGUCUUGUGAUCUCAUCUCCUCAGUUUGGUUAAGAGUAGGAUUGUUGAAAAUGAUAUUGACUAAUAAACCAAUCCUCUUUGUUACUCUGAUCA